AUGAAGUACUCUAUAGUCCUCAGCCUGACGGCCAUCUUUACUGGCUACGUCCUGGCUGACAACCCCCCUACUUGCAGCACUACUGGGGACAACACCCCGGUCAAAUCUGGCUGCUGUCCUAGAGCUCCCUCGAAGCGUCUCAGACGCUCUGCUAGGGAGAUCUUUGCCCGCACGGAUAGCCCAACCUGUCCAACUCCCAAGUUCUACGGAGACUCAUGCUGUACUCACGAAUUUGCCAAGCCUACUCUUGAUAUAAGCACCUUCAAUCUUCAGUGUGGCGCCAAUGGAGUGGCAGAUAUUGUCAACGACGCUGUCAAAGUUGCAAUUGUGGGCUGCGAUACUGCGGAUGAUCUCAGUAAGGAUUCUUGUGUUCUCGAGAUUUCCUCUACUCCAGCUGGCAGCAUCAGCGACACUCACUUGGAGAUCUCGACUUCUACCUGGACCAGCACCAAGUAUCCCAGUAAAAAUCCUGCCUCGUGGUCAUACACCUCAUACUGCGACAAGGCGACUGGUGUAUGCACAGUGCCGUUUAACAUGAUCGGAGACGGUGCCUCGGCUCUUUGCGACAAGAACUUGUACAUUUCCUACCAACGGCACCACGUCCAAAACCUGUACCGGCGAUGGAACUCUUAUUCCUGGCCAGCCUGGCGGUCGCUGGUGGGAGUACCUUACUUUGUCCUUUACUUGUCCUAA